AUGGGGCAAGCGGAUGGUGGAGUGAUACCCAGGACAGAAAAAACUGGGGGAAAAUUACGGAAAAAGCCAAAAAAUGCUAGGAAAUUUAGUUUAAAAGAUGGCGAUCCAGAGUUGACUAACAACUUGGAUAGCUUCCAGCAUAGGAUAAAGAUCGCCGACGUGCCUCUGGAAUCACCUACCAAGGCACGUCUUUUCCGAACACUACAACCGACAGAAGCUCUAGAUGAAUAUCCACAUGCCUCGGAAACUGGACGGAGCAUUGACGACGACACGGCACGAAAACGGAAAAAACGAGUAUGGAAAGAAAACAUAGUAAGACUCGGAAGUUGGAACAUUACAUCAUGGAGCAACAAAGACUAUGAGGUGGUCUUAGAAAUAGAGAAAAACAAAAUAGAUUUCUGCGCACUUUCAGAGACCAAGAAGAAAGGCAAUGGCAGUCAAAGGUACCAAAACUACAUACUGUUUUAUAGUGGAAUCGACAAGAACUUGCGAGCACGGGGAGGAGUAGGGUUACUAGUGAAUAAAAAACUUGAAAAAGAUAUUAAGGAAGUACAGUAUAUAAGUCAUAGCAUCAUACAGAUAACAGUAGAGCUGGCCAAAGAAAGAACACACCUACUAAGUAUAUAUGCACCGGAUGUAAGCAAACCGAAAGAAGAAAGGGAAGCUUUUUUUGAUGCCUUGCAAGCUACGUUAGACAAAAUACCCAGUAAAGACAAAGUGUUUAUUAUGGGCGACUUUAACUCAAGAAUUGGAAACACAAUUAUCCCAGGAAUCAUGCAUAGUUUCAACGAAGAAGCAGUGAAUGAUAACGGAGAUAUAUUGAUAGAUGUAUGCGCCCUCAACGAAUUACGUAUCAACAACACAUAUUUUGAUCAUAAGGAACAACAAAAGUACACCUUCGCUAACACGAGAGGCCAAAAAUCAACUAUUGACUACAUAAUUACAAACAGGAAAGUCCACCCCUCCCAGAUAAUUGACGUACGGGUAUUAACAUCGGCAAAUAUCGGCACACAACACGGUUUAGUAUUGUGCUUAUCUUAA